GUAAAUUUAGUUAAAAAAGAAAGUUAUUUAAAAAAUAGUGCGAAUUUUACAAAUUUUAUAAUAAUUGUACAAAACUUGAAAGUUUUUAUGAAUCAAAGUUAUUUAUAGAAAAAUUUGACGGCGUCAUUACUUAACCAGAAGCGCCGGCAUGUCCUAAAGGUAGUUGAUUGAAACUGCACUGUUUUCUGCUUUAUUUACAUAUUUUUGUUUACAUUUUGUCCAAGUUCUAAAAACUUUAAAAAUAUGAAGUGUUCCUUGGAGGGUAUGAAUGCUAAAGCCAUAGCUAAAUCCAUACAAUCAUUAGCCAAGAUUGGCAGUGAUUUAUGUGUGGAAGCCGAUGAAAAUGGUUUACAAUUUCGCACCUUUAAUCCUUCAAAAUCUGCCAUGGCUACCAUACGUUUCCAGCGUAUAUUUUUCGAAACCUACAGUCUCGAAGAGUCGGGAGUGAAUUAUUGUAAAGUGUGUAUGAAGGCAAUAUUGGCGGUAUUCAAAAAUAUGCGGCAUGUGGAACGUUGUGAAAUACGUUUGUUGGCAGAUCAAUUGAAAUUGCAGGUACAAUUUAAAUGUAGUUUAGAGACCAUGAAAAAUGCAUUGAUUUCGGUGGUUGAUGAUGAGAUUUUAACCACGAAUGUUUCCCAGGAUGAGGCCAUAAAUGUGAUUGUGGGUUCUUAUAAGAUAUUCAAUGAUAUAUCGAGUAAUUUUAAUGCCACAGAAUCGGAGAUUACUUUGGAAAGUAUGGGUAAUGGUUUAACGGCCAAAAACUAUAUAGAAGGAGCCAGGGUCAAUGAUAAAUUUAUGCGAUCUCAAUUAAAAUUAAGUCCAAGCGAAUUUGAAACAUACAGCAUACAAGAAGAAUCUGCCAUUACUUUUUCCCUAAAAGAAUUCCGAGCAUUUUUGGCUUUUGCUGAAACUAUCAAUGAAAAUAUUACCUUAAAUUUCAGUCAAGAAGGUUCUCCUUUAUUUGUAACGAUGAAAAAAACUGAUUAUAUAGAAUGUUCCCUAGUAAUGACCACAGUAUUGCCCGAAGAUGUUAGUUUUUAUGAAGAGUGUCUAGAAACGGAAGUUAGCGAACCCACUCAUAAUACCACCCGCAAAAGUAACACCUCCAAAUCCCAUAAACGUAAACAUAGUAAUUCUAAUCCUAAUAGUACUUCGGCUGCAGCUGCUAAGAAAAGGUUAUCGGAAGAAACUACUCUGAGUAAUGAUACAACAUUAUUUGAUUUUGAUGGGGAUAAUAAUCAUACCAGCCUACAUUCCAUACAAGCCGCUAGAAAUUUGACACAAAGAGAUCAUGAUAUGUUGGAUGAUAAUGAUAUAUUAUUGGCAGCUGCGGCAUUAGAUACACCCGACUUAUCGUUCCAGGAUAAUAAGAGUGAGGACAGGGAGAAUGAGGAGGAGGAAGACGAAACUAUACCCCAGUCACCCCAGCGGGAGCAUGUACCAAAAAUACGUACCAUAUUCGCCCGAUGUUUUGAGGCCACCUAUAUACCAAAAGAACCUUCACCGAAUAGCGAAGUUUUUGUACCUAAUUCGGAUACAGAAGAUUAAGUGUAAUUGUAAAAGUUUAUUUAUUUUAAAUAUAUAUAUAAAAAAUUUUAUAAAUUUUUGUUUUUUCUUAAAUCCAAC